CCCAAUUGCCAAAACGAAGAAGAACUUCCCGCAACUUCUUUCGGCACUUCAGCGGUUCAGCCAGUCACCAAGAGUGAAGGAGGCAAGCUCCCAGUCGGUCAGUCGCGGUCCCGCAGCCCUUGCUGUGUGGUAGUAUGCUUCUCAGCUUGUGGUCUUGGGGACUUCUGGCUAAUUUGCUGCCUUUCGUAGCUCUGUAAUCGCCCCAGCCCCCCCCCGCAGCAGGUUCUCAAUUUUCGUAAGAGCGGCCCUGAACGGGAGAAAAUGGAGAAAAGCGAUAAAAAUAAGGUGCCAGUGCUGCCAUGGAUGAGAAACCCAGUUGACAUCUCUGUCAUUGAUGAGUGCCCUCUAAACCAUCUCCCUUUUCUUGACCCCAGGUUGGAGGCAGCAUUGAAGAAAAUGGGAAUUACUUCUCUCUUUCCAUCCCAAGUUGCUGCAUGGCAAGAGACGAUUGGACCUGGCUCUUUUGAGCGAGACCUUUGUAUUAAUUCACCAACCGGGAGUGGGAAAACUAUUGCCUAUGCAUUGCCAAUUGUGCAGAUGCUUUCAAAUCGUGCUGUAAGAUGUCUCCGCGCAUUGGUGGUGUUACCCACUCGUGACUUGGCACUGCAGGUCAAGGAAGUCUUUGAGGCUCUUGCCCCCGCCGUAAAUUUACGUGUGGGCUCAGCAGUUGGGCAAUCUUCCAUUGCUGAUGAAAUUUCACAGCUUAUAAAGAAACCAAAGUUUGAUGUAGGCAUGUGUUAUGAUGAAGAAGAUUUUUCUCAGGAGUUGCAGAGUGCUGUAGACAUACUUGUGGCAACACCGGGAAGGCUGAUGGACCAUAUUAACAACACCAAGGGAUUUACCCUUGAGCAUUUAUGUUAUCUUGUUGUUGAUGAAACAGAUAGGUUACUCAGAGAGGCAUAUCAAUCUUGGCUGCCCACUGUCCUCCAUUUGACUCGUCCUUGUGAUACGCUCUUCCCUUCUGAAAGUUUUUCUCCUUAUGCUUUUUGUCCCUUGAAGACAAUCAGAAAAUUCGGUGUAGAAAGAGGAUUCAAGGGUAAAUCUUGCCCAAGGCUUGUGAAGAUGGUCUUGUCUGCAACACUAACCCAAGACCCCAGCAAACUGGCUCAGCUUGAUCUUCACCAUCCUCUGUUCCUGACAACAGGAGAUUUGCGCUAUAGGCUCCCUGAACAGCUAAAAUCCUUUAAAGUGAUAUGUGAAUCAAAAUUAAAACCAGUAUACCUGAUCGCUAUGCUUGAAGCUUUGAAAGGGGAGAAGUCCAUUGUAUUCACUUCAUCUGUGGAGUCAACUCACAGGUUGUGCACCUUGUUGAACUUUUUUGGUGAUUUGCAAAUUCCGAUCAAGGAAUAUUCACGUCUUCAACGACAGUCAUCCAGGAGCAAGACACUGACAGCCUUCCGGGAAGGUAGAGUACAAGUACUCAUUUCCUCUGAUGCUAUGACCCGCGGGAUGGAUGUUGAAGGGGUGAGAAAUGUCAUUAAUUAUGAUAUGCCUGCAUAUGUCAAGACCUAUAUACAUCGCGCUGGACGAACUGCAAGAGCUGGCCAAAUCGGAAGCUGCUUCACAUUGUUGCGUAAAGAUGAGGUCAAGAGAUUUAAGAAAAUACUACAAAAAGCCGACAAUGAUUCUUGUCCAAUUUAUCCUAUUGAUUCACAAAGAAUAGAGUCGCUUCUCCCAAUCUAUACAUCAGCAUUGGUGAAAUUGAAAGAAAGUGUUGAAUCAGAAGAAUAUAAGAAGCGGCGUACUAGUACCAAUCCUUCUAAUCUGACUAAGCGGAACCGAGGGUAGUUCGAACUUCAGUUUUGAAGAAGAGCUUGUUCUGGCUGGACCGUUGCUGCCCCAAUUCAAAAAUUGCAAUGUGUUCUUUUGAAGAUCCACCAUUAAAAACGUGGUAAUUGGUGAUAGGGAGAGGAGACAGCUUCAUUUCUUCCAUAGGAAGUGGAGCAGACAUCUCUAGUUUUCUACUUUAGAUAUCAAAUGUUGCUAGUUUUAAGGAACUGUAAGUUUAUAGUGUGGCAUGGCAGCUGUUCUGAAAUUUUGGAUUCUAUAACGUUUUGAACACUUGAAGUUUUGAAAUGUGUAUCAUUCUAUUUUAAAGGCAAUUUUAAUGUUAAACUCUUAAAUACAUCAGGAAUCAGGAUAGUUGUCAAAGUUGUGCCUGGUGUGGAUAUGAAUUUUUGUAAAUGAGAAUGAGAUGAGGAAAUAAUGAAACUCCCAUGAUCCCAUCAGAGCCUCAGAGCCUCAGAGGUAGUGAGUAACUGUGUAAUUGUGUUUUAAGCACAUUCUUACAAUGCUUAGUAUUUUAUUUCUACCAAUUGGAUUUCUU